AGCAAACAACAAAAACAAUAACAUCAUGGGCGAAAACAAUGUGCAGCCCCGUUUUGAAAAAUCCCUAGGCCUCCUAACAUCGAAAUUUGUAAAUCUACUGCAAAAAUCCAAGGGGGGCAUUCUAGACCUGAAAGUGGCGGCUGACAUUUUGGAAGUGAGACAAAAAAGACGCAUCUAUGACAUCACAAAUGUGCUAGAAGGAAUCGGUUUAAUAGAGAAAAAGAGCAAAAACAGUAUUCAGUGGAAGCCCUAUUCCAGCCCUAAAAGAUCUGACACAUUGACGUCAGAGUAUUCGAGCAAGAUUUGUAAAUUGAAGCAAGACUUGAACAAAUUGGACGAAUAUGAGCACGAAUUGGAUUUACAUAAGAUUUGGAUUGAGCAAAGCAUCAAAAAUAUCCUUGAGGAUUUCAAUACAAAAAGGCUCUUGUAUUUAACCAAUGAAGAUUUCAAUAUCUGUUAUCCAAAUGAAAAUGUUUGCAUAAUAAAUACUCCAAUUAAUAUUAAUUUUAAUGAAUCAACAUUGCACUUGAAAAGUCAAAAUCCCAUUAAGGUCCAUUUACUGUCACCAGAACACAAAGGCCCCACCCCUAGGAAAAGGCCUUCGGCUCAAAACAAGCCCCACUACGAAGACCCGGACUUUGAAACGGCCGAAAUUUUGUUUAGGAAAAGGCCUAGGGACAAAGGCCCCGGUUUGUGGGAGCCUUUCGUCAAACUAGGCCCCCCUAGGACUCAAGACUACCUGUACAACCUCUCAGACACCGAGGGCGCUUGCGAAUUGUUCGAUAUUUAAAUUAUUUAUAUUUAAAGGGAAAAAAAAAAUAAUAAAAUUUAAAAUGGUGGAAUGCAUUUUUUUUUUUUAUUAUUAUUAACAAUUUUUUCUUUUAAUUUAAACAAAAUACUCACUUUUGAUUGGCUGAAGGUCUCGGGGCCCUGGAAAAAUGGAACCACCCCCCACCCAAACAACAAAACAAACCGACGCCAUUUUGAAUUUGAACUGUCAACAAUUACAACAAUGUCAAUUUUUUUUUUUUUUUUUGACGUUUGUGUCAGCAAUUUAAACGGAAAUUAGUGACAAUUGACGCUAAUUCAUUAUUAAUUCGUUUUGUGACGUCAUUAACGCUGCGUCCAUACUAAAUUCAAUAUGACGUCACUAGUUGCUGGCAAAAGCGUUUGUGAUCAUAAAUCGUGAAAGUGGUUGCAAAAAUUCGGUUCUAACUAGAAAUGUUGACGUUUGAAUUUUUUAAAAAUUGAAUUAUUUCAAUAAAGUGCAAAUAUUACAGUGUUGCCAAUUUAAAAACCUGUAAAAACAAGGCGUUUGUUAAUGUUCACGGUGAAAAUUUAAUUCAUUAAUUACGUCAUAAUUACUGAUGAUUUUAAUUAAAAAAUAAUUUUUUAAAUAAUUAAUGAAUAAAAUUGUUCUACGCCUCAUUUAUUAAUAAAAUAUGCACGGUGAAUGUUGACAAAUGCCUCAUUUGAUAGAAUAACGGUGAAUAUUAACAAACGCCUUAUUUAAUACAGUCAAUGUUGACAAAUGCCUCAUUCGGAAAAAAAGAAGAAAGUCAGGGGCGUACCAUACUAAAAUUUCAAAUUUUUCCAAUGAAAAAUAACCCCAUUGUGUAGCCAGAGCAAAUAUUACAGUGUUGCCAAUUUGAAAACUGCAAAAACAAGGCGUUUGUUAACAUUCACCGUAAAAAAAUUUCAAUAAUCAAUUACGCCCUAAUAAAAAAAAAAAAUAUAUUUCAAUUAAAGGUGGCCAUGAAAAUUCACAAAAAAAAAAAACAAAAACUCAAUUUUUGACAUUUUGUGUACCACCCGCCUGUCAACAAGGCCCAAUUAAAAACGUCAUCAUUUCAAAAAAACAGGGUUGCAUUUUUUUCUAAAACACCUAGAAAUCCAAUGAAAUUUUUUUUGACAGUUCAGUGGCGUAUCUGUGUAUCAUCUGUCAACAAGGCCUUAUUAAAAACGUCAUCAUUUUUGUAUUUUUUCCAAAACACCUAGACAUUUUUUUUUUUGACAGUUCAGUGGCGUGUCCCAAGACCUUCAACCUCUCAAAAAAAAAAAUCAAAAACUUCGAAAAUUCUGCGCCUUAAAAACUAGAAAAAAAAAAAAAAACAAUUAAAUCAGUUCGAGGCCGAUGCGGUUGUUGCCGGUAAAGGCCAACAGAGGGCCCUGGUGACAAAACUGCGCAAAACGUUUUUGCAACGUUUCGCGCAGCUCGCGUCUUUUCUCGUACACCUGCCGGCUCCUGCUUUUGAACUCGCGCACCUCCUCAGCCGUGAUGAAAC